GUGUGCGCAGUCUGCCUGGGGCGCACCUCCCACAAUUUCAUCGAAUGCACUGCCGUACGUCUCUGGGACAGUUCCUUCCCCGCAGUCGCUACCCGCGUCAACAAACAACUCCUCUUGCGGAGCUCGGACAAACCUCUGUGCGUGGACUGGCAACGCGCUCGAGGCUGCUCCAGCCACUCCCACGGCGAACGCCACGUAUGUUCAGGAUGUCUCUCCACCUCACACGGUGCCCAGCUCUGCCCUCACGCUCAGACGACAGCGUCCUCGCACACCAUAUGA